AUGCGGAGCGGCGGGCUGGUCGCCUCGCGGCUACUGCGGCUACCGCGGGCGGCGGGGGGCGAGCGGCGCGGGGCCGGGGGCCUCCGGGGCGAGGUGGCCAUGGCGGACCCCGAGAGCAUGGGACGCAGGAUGGUGUGGGUGGAUCUGGAGAUGACCGGAUUGGACAUAGAGAAGGACCAGAUCAUUGAGAUGGCCUGCCUUAUAACCGACUCUGACCUGAACAUUUUGGCCAAGGGUCCUAACCUGAUUAUAAAACAGCCCGAUGAGUUGCUGGACAGCAUGUCCGAGUGGUGCAAGGAGCAUCAUGGAAAGUCCGGUCUGACCAAAGCUGUGAAGGAGAGCACCAUUACCCUGCAGCAGGCAGAGUACGAAUUUCUGUCCUUUGUCCGCCAACAGACACCUCCCGGGCUUUGCCCGCUUGCAGGAAACUCUGUUCACGCCGAUAAGAAGUUCCUCGACAAAUACAUGCCCCAGUUCAUGAAGCACCUGCAUUAUAGGAUCAUCGACGUGAGCACUGUGAAAGAGCUGUGCAGACGCUGGUACCCAGAAGACUAUGAAUUCGCACAAAAGAAAACCGCUUCUCACAGGGCCUUGGAUGACAUCAGUGAAAGCAUCAAAGAACUCCAGUUUUACCGGAACAGCAUCUUCAAGAGGAAAACAGAGGAGAAGAAAAGGAAAAUCAUAGAAAAUGGAGAAAACGAGAAGACAGCGAGUUGAUGCCACCUCUUCCCAGGCUGGGCCGCUCCCAGAAUGUGAUAUCGGGAUUAUUUUGAACAGCGGCACCUUAAAGUUAGGUUGCAGUUUAAGAUUGUUGGAGCAGGUUUGAGUCUGUGCUCCCCAUUUUUCUUCCUCCCCCUUCCCAUCGCAUUCCUAUUUUAGUUUAACUCUCAGAAGCUCUUUUCUAUGGAAGUAUCAGGACACUUCCUCUGCUUGGUACCUGUGUGUAUCUGCUUUUAGGCCAAAAUCCUUUGUUUUGUUAAAAAAAAUAUAAAAUAAAACUAGUAUUAUUGAAAUGCA